AUGGAGUCAAAAGCUGCGCGUAUUCAACAAUGGCUUAGAGAUCUGCGAUUACCUUCACUUAGAUCUUGGUCUAAUAUUGAUGUGAGCUCCGUUUCAUCCCAAGACCAUUUGGAAGAGCUUGAACUUAAUCCUAAAACAUUUGAAGAUAUUGCUACGCCAUGGAAUACUGAUCAAGAUUCGAUCAAGAAAUGGAAGUCCUCACAAAAUCUUUCGUUGGUUACGCAUGAUAAAGAAUCACACAAUGAAUGGUUCAAGAUACACAGUUCACAAGAGGAGAUUCGUGAUGAUUGCACGAGUGAAGAAAGUAUUCCUUCCAGCCCGACACCAUCCACGCACUCCUUGCACGAAAUAUAUCAUUUGCAGCAUUACUUCAAGAGAACAUUGAAACUUAAACCGACCCAACCAAAUUCACCAAGGCACCGUAAUAGGCUCUCUGUUAGUGAUCCAGAUUUUCGGUUUUAUGAAGUAAAUAGUUAUCAGCAAGACACCUCCUGGGCCCCUCAGAGCAGUUCAAGCAUUGAAAUUCUGAACACAGUUCAUAGCUGUUCGAAAAAAAAUGUUUCAUUUCAUAGAACAAGCUCUUCAAGGAAAACGUAUAUUCAAGAGAAAUACCCGAAGCUAAAGCUUAAAAACUCAUUACGAUUUCGUCAGUUCCCUAUUGCUAGACCGAAAGUUGUCGAAACUCAGCACCAUUCUUUAAAGAGGAGGCUACCAUACCCUCCGCAAAGUGGAAAAGAUCAUUCACUAAGUCCUCCUCCAUUGGUUACGAAGGUGAAUUAUCAAGGAACAGAGUCUUACCUGAGCCAAAAAUCAACUCAAUCAGUGGAUCUCGGCUACGACAGUCUCCCAACAUACGAUAUGUACCAUUCCACGCACAGUUCUGUCAGAGGCAAAGCCAGAGGUAACCCUUUGUUAGCCUCAGAUACUACCAGCCCCAAUAUUACAAUAUGGACGGCCGACAAAGGCACUCCGGCUGACCAGGACAUGGCCAACAGGUCCAGAUUACUAAUCAUCGAUGUAUUAGUCGCCCCUUUACCAGCCUCAUCACCUCCCGAACAGGACCCAUCUCAUGCUAAUGAUGAUAAAGCGAUCUUUACACUAUAA